ACCACAGAAGAAGAAGCUCAGACGCUGCGUGCCUGUAACGAUGGCCGCCACCCUGAGAGGAAGCCUGGUAACAUUGGUCAAGAGCUUGAGUGGCCCCCGGUGGCAGCAGCUGGGCUCUCGACCAUUGAGUGUGUCUGCUGGCCGCUGUGGCCCUGAAGCCCCACCGGCGCGUGCCGAUGCGAUCUUUAAGGUCACGAUGGUUCCGGGGGACGGAGUGGGACCUGAGCUGAUGACCGCCGUCAAAGACGUGUUCAAGGCAGGAGAUGUCCCGGUAGUAUUUGAGGAGUUUCACCUGAGUGAGGUACAGAACAUGGCCAGUGAGGAGAGGCUGGAGCAAGUGUUAACCUCUAUGAAGACCAACAAAGUGGCCAUUAAAGGGAAGAUUAACACACCCAUGGAAUUCAAAGGGGAGCUUGCUUCAUAUGAUAUGAGACUGAGGCGUAAACUGGACCUAUUUGCUAAUGUGGUUCAUGUGAACAGCCUCCCGGGCUACAGCACUCGCCACAACAACCUGGACCUGGUCAUCAUCCGCGAACAGACCGAGGGGGAGUACAGCUCCCUUGAACACGAGAGUGUGCCGGGUGUGAUCGAAUGUUUGAAGAUCAUCACCAGAGUUAAGUCUCGGCGCAUCGCCAAGUUUGCCUUCGACUACGCCACCAAGAAGGGACGAAGCAAGGUCACCGCUGUUCACAAGGCCAACAUCAUGAAAUUAGCAGAUGGCUUGUUUCUGCAGUGCUGUGCGGAGGUGGCACAACUGUACCCCAAAAUCAAAUAUGAGAACAUAAUCAUUGACAACUGUUGCAUGCAGCUGGUCCAGAACCCGUACCAGUUCGACGUGCUGGUGAUGCCCAACCUGUACGGUAACAUUAUUGAUAACCUGGCAGCCGGGCUGGUUGGAGGAGCGGGAGUUGUUCCUGGGGAAAGCUACAGUGCAGAUUACGCUGUGUUUGAGACUGGCGCACGCCACCCCUUUGCACAUGCUGUAGGACGGAACAUUGCCAACCCCACAGCCAUGCUGCUCAGUGCUGCUAACAUGCUCAGGCACCUCAACCUGGAAUAUCACUCCCAAAUGGUGUCUGAUGCUGUCAAGAGGGUCAUCAAACAGGGCAAGGUGCGGACACGAGACCUUGGUGGGUACUCCACCACUAGCGACUUUGUGCGUACUGUUGUGGAAAACCUGCAUCGCCGACCUGUUUAAUAAGAUGUCGUCGCACCCGUCACCGACAUUUCCUUAAUCUGGACAUUGUUCUUGACAUGAACUGGACGCGUGUUCAGACUCAACUCCCCUCUCAUUGCCAUUGACAGUUGAGCCACACAGUUUUGACGAGCACCAUCGGUUGCAUCAUAAUGUAUGUUUCAUCAACUGUGUCUUAGGUGGAACUUCACUAAAAUAUGUGCCACUCGUGAGGCUUCCUCUCAUGUAUUUCCAUCUAUAUCAUCUUUACAUUUUCCCUCAUAGUUACUGUCCAUCUCUUUGCAUUCCUUUACUUAUUACGAUAAUCUUUUGACUCAUUCUGGGAGAGCUUUUUUUUCCUCUCCUGUUUUCAUGUCCUUACAGACUACCUCUCUGCUAUCACACAUUGUAAAGCAACGACUAAUGUAACUUAGUAUUUAUCAAUAUAUAGAAUCAUCAAGAUGUACUCUAUGUUCAGGUAUUACUCCAUUGACUGAAAUAUCCUUCAGAGAGUUAUAAUAAUUCUACAGAUUAAUAACUAAAGAAAACCUCCCUAUGUGAUGUUCUCAGUGCCCAGCAGCUUCACUGGGUGUUAUUAUGAAUUGAUAAACUGAGGAUUUUCUGAUUAGUUUUUAGUCUUGCGACAACAAAUGAAAUGGGUCAUAACUUUGUAUAUUUAAACAUCAUUUCCAAGGGCUUAUAUGCAAAAGAAUUUUAUGAGAUGGUGCUGCUCGUUCCAACAGAACGUCCGAUGCUGUACGAAUUAAAAAUGCCGCUCUGUGUCACCUCCCCAGCUGUCAUGCUUUCUGUCCUACUCUGCUGAAAUAUAAGCCUUCACAAGUAGCCAGUUGCUAAGCACCAAUAUUAAUAUUAUUUGGUGCAUUCACGUUUAUCAAAUGUUCCAGUGUAAACAGUGUCCUGUCCUUUUUUUUUAGUUUUUUGAAAUUUAGUUUCCCUUCUGAUACAGAUAGCGAAUCCUUGAUGGAGAUUUCAUAUUUGCAUAUUAAAGCUUGUCAAACGUGUGAUAUUGAAUAAAUAACAUUCUGUCUCUUAACAGUCACAGUUGUCCUGAAUGAUAACAGGGUUGAAUACUAAUUAAUAAGAUAAGAUUCAACGCAUGUUGGGCAAUGUGUUUGCUUGUAUCCUUAACAUCGAACACUGUUUCUACUUUAUAAAUGUACAUUAUGUGUCUGGUAUAGUUUAGCCUAUUGUAAGGUAAAAAAUGAGUGAAAAUAAAGAAGAGAACAUAGCGUAGGAAAUUAAACUGUUUUCUAAAAGUACACAUCUCGCUGAUCACACUUCGUGUAAUCUGUGAGUGCAGUUUUGAAAGGCUCUCUGACAUGCAGGCCAUGAUGCUGUAUGUGGACAUGUGUUGCUGCAGCUGUGCAUAUGGUAACAAACUGUCCUUAUGUUU